AUGGAUGCACGUAAAUUAUUCCAUUGUGAUGUUUGUUCUUCGGAUUGUACAAAUAGGUUAAGGGUCCAAUGUGCCAUAUGUUCAGAUUAUGAUUUAUGUGUGCCAUGUUUUGCAGCAGGAUUAACUACAGGAGAUCAUAAACCAUGGCAUGAUUAUCAAAUAAUAGAACAAAAUACAUAUCCAAUAUUUGAUAGAAAUUGGGGAGCUGAUGAAGAGUUACUUUUGAUACAAGGAUGUGAAACUUUUGGAUUAGGGAAUUGGGCAGAUAUUGCUGAUCAUAUUGGAAAUAGAUCAAAGGAGGAAGUGGCACAACAUUAUUAUAAGAUCUAUCUCGAAAGUAAAGAUUAUCCAUUACCUGAAAUGAAUAAAGAUUUUACAAAUAUACCACCAUUACAAUUCCUAGAAGAAAGAAAAGAAAGAUUAGAGAAAAGAAGAAAUAUGCCAUUACCACCACCAAAGGGUAAACCAGUUGCAUCAGUUCCAUUAUGUCAUGAAAUUCAAGGUUAUAUGCCAGGAAGAUUAGAAUUUGAUCAUGAAGCUGAAAAUGAAGCAGAAGUACCUAUAAAAGAUAUGAUUUUUGAUCCAGAUGAUAUGAUUAAUGAUAUUGAAUUAAAAUUGACAAUUUUGGAUAUAUAUAAUUCAAGAUUAACAACAAGAGCAGAGAGGAAAAGAGUAAUGAUUUUAAACAACUUAUUAGAAUAUAGAAAAAAUGUAAGUUUAGAUAAACGAAAAUCAAAGGAAGAAAAAGAUUUACUCAAAAAGAUUAAUGCAUAUAUAAGGGUAUUGACACCAUCAGAUUUUGAAAGUUUUACCAAUGAUUUAUUGGCAGAAAUUCGAUGUAGAAUAAGAAUUCAACAAUUACAAGCAUGGAGGAAGAAUGGUAUUACUACAUUAGAAGAUGGAGCUAAAUAUGAGAAAGAUAAAUUGAUUAGAAGUGCACAUUAUAUAAGAAAUGGUGCAAGACAUACCCCAUUAUCACCUCCUCCACAAACACAACCACCAAAACCAAUGGGGAGAACUCCUUUAGACAUAACGCAUUCAACGGAUUAUGAAUUAUUAUCUGCGGAAGAAAAACAACUAUGUGCAACAUUGAGAAUUUUACCAAAACCUUAUUUAGCCAUAAAGAAUCAAUUAAUGAAAGAAGCUGUUAAAAACAAUGGAGUUCUCAAAAAGAAAGAUGCAAGACAAGUAUUAAAAAUUGAUGUAAAUAAAGCUUCCAAAAUUUAUGAAUUUUUUGUACAAAUGGGUUGGUUAUCCCAAGGUUAA